CCUGGUCCUCCCUGCCUGUCUCCUUAUAGGUGGGUCCUUCAGUCUCUCCUCUCCUCACACUCCAACCUGCUCAUCUCUCAUCUGGACAGUAAGGGUUGUUCACAUCACACACUGACAACAUGCUGGGGACACUCUGCACUUUCAUCACUGCUCUAACUGGUGUUCAUGGUGCGAUUGUAUUGACCCAGAAGCCCUCUGUCCAGACCAAGACCACAGGACAGGAGGUCACUAUGGAGUGUAACAUUGGCAGAUAUGAUGGAAACUAUGUCCAUUGGUAUAAACAGGUUCCUGGUGGGGUUACUCAGUAUGUCCUGAGAUAUAGAUACGGUGUCAGUUCUCCCUCCUAUGGGACAGGAUUCUCCUCCAGUCGGUUCAACUCUAAAUCCACAUCAGAUUUAGAUUAUCAGUUGAUCAUUAAACAGGUGGAGUCAGGAGACUCAGCAGUGUAUUACUGUCAGACAUAUGAUGAUACUGAUAGUGAGUUCGUAUCACAAAUCACUGUGGUAUUCGGACAAGGAACCAAGCUCAUUGUCACUGAUGGAGAUCUUGGUACCCCUGCUGUGACCCUGUUCCCUCCAUCUACUGAAGACCUCAAGUCCAGUAAAACAACCCUGGUGUGUCUGACUAGUAACCUGUCUGAGAGGUCCAAGGGGUUAGUAGAUGUCAGCUGGACUUCUAACGGUCAAUCGGUGACAGAUGUUUCUACCAGCCCUGCUGAGCAACAACCAGACAAAACCUUCAAGAUCAGCAGCUAUCUGACCAUUAACACUGAAGAGUGGGACAAGGACGUCCUGUUCACAUGUAAAGUGUCAUUUGGGUCGAAAUUCUCUGAGAAAGAGAUCAGAAAGUCUAGUUGCAGUGUGUAAAGUUGUAGUUUCAGUAAAUGAGUGUAAAGGUAGUUUUGCUUUUUUAAAGUGGGUUUUAACAACAUGUCCGUAUUGAUGUAAACUUUACUUACACGUAUACAUUAACUUUUUCCAAAGAUGCUAGAAAAUACACACUGGGUGAGUAAACCAGUAAACUGUAUUCUUAUUCAUAGUUUCAUCAUUGCUGUAUUAUCUGGAUAUUAAAUAAAAGCAUUCC